UGACUGCAUUCGGGUUUAUGGCAAAAAUAAAUAAAUUUUGGGUUUAUCUCAAUGGCACACAAGUCAUUUGCAGCUGAGAUUUUUUUGCUCGCUUUCCUAUCUCUACUACUAUUUCCCCAACCAACCAAACAACCAACCUACAUACAUCCUUUUUUCGAACAUCCCCAUACUCGUGAUUAUUUUUUUAUUCGUCCUGCAAUGCCCCCCACCCCCCUUGUGGUUGCUUUUUGAUGCCAAAGGUGAGCACAUGUGAUGGUUCCGGGUUCGGGGUUCCGGGUUACGUCCUCCUCUUUUUCCGGGGCUGUGGAAUGGGGCGAGUUGGAGCUGGAGACUGUCGAGAACAAUAUGUCGGGAACAAUUGAAGCAUGAUGUGGAGAUCUGUGGACUUUGGACACGAGCUUACAUCGGAUUAACAUUGUGCUCAAGGCGUUCGAGUCUGUCGAACUCGAAUGCAUUAGGUUCCUCGAACGGUCACAACCGAUUGUUGUGCCAUAAAGCAUCUGGAAAUCAGCCAGCAACUGGAUGACUCCAGGUGGAACUUUGUCACAUGGAAGGAAAACAGAUGAACUGGCCAACAGUUGUGCUCAGAUUGUAAAGAGAAAGAUGCACACCAAAAGGACAUUAAAGAAGAAGUAAUAAUGCUUUUUUCAGUACCAUUCAAUCAGUUUUGGUAUACAAUACUCUUCCAUGGAAUCGUGGCAACUCUGACUCGUGAUUGUCGCCAUCUUAGCUCGCCUUCUUCCCUUCCUGAUUGACAAUCCCACGUGGACUCCUUCUUUCCGGACCCUUCAAUCCCCACGUUGAUUCCUCCUUUUUCCGGACUCUUCAAUCCGAGGACUUAGUUGCAAGAGCACGCAAUGUCGAAGCGCUUCUGGAACCGAAACCAGCGCUCCGUGUCCCUGCCCAGAAGCGAGUUGGUCGAAAUCAACCCCAUGGUGCCCGGCAGGAGCCGCGCGGCGGAGGGAGCAGCCGCACCAUCUUCAUCCGGACCGCGGAUGACGGUGGAGACCCUGUUCCCCACUACUUCCUCGCCGGGCAACGGGUUCCCAAAGUUGGCUGGAAGACCCACUUUUGGCCGAACUCCGAAGCAAGGCUCCACGUUUAAGAAUUGGCCGAAGAUGCCUGGUUCUCUGCUCCCCACCAAGUCAGUUGGGACUUUGAAUAAGUCGAGCAACAAGGAAAACCUGCAUCAUCGCAAGCCAGGGAGUCGCCACCUGGCUGCAACUCCCUCAAGACGCCCACCGCAGAUGGAUGAGCUGGCUCACGACUGGCGGAAAUCUUUCCAAGUCGCCGUUUCCGCCCGGGAGAAUCGUAGUAGCCCCCAGCUGACCAGUACACAAGUUGCUUCCACAAGUUCCAUUGUCAUUUCAAGCGACGACGACGAUUACCCCGAUUCAAAACUGGCAAACCUUGGGAAAAGGAUCCACAAACUCACAGGAAAGGCACCGAAAAAGGCUGCCAAAGAUCACAAGGCAGGAAAGGUUGCCCCUCCAAGGAGUCUAGGUACCAAGAUCAAGGCCACCAGCCAGGUGACUGAUCCCAGGCGCAGCAAAGUGGGUGCUGGCGACUUCGUUUACCAUGAGAACCUGAAUGAUAAGAUCGCUGUGACGACGGUGAUGCCCCAGUUCUAUGCCCUUUGGGACUCCUCUCACUCGCCAGAUGGCCAGCCGUCGACCAGCAAGUUCAAUCCACCUCAGCACUCGAAGAGUCUGCCGACAAGUGACGCGGACUUCCUCUUCGUGGAGGACCUGGAAAACAGGCGGGCGGUGGAAAACCUGAUGCCCGAGCUGCUGACGCCUCCGAAAGCCUCCUCUUUCCGGCCGCUGGAAGGGAAUCCUCCGACUCGGGACUUGUCUUCCUUGAUGGGCGACGACGAUCACUUCCCGCUUAGCAUCUCCGCCGGCGGGAGCUCGAAAAGGGAUCCAUUGUGGGGCUCCACCUGCAUUCGGAAGGAGCAGCACUGGGACGGCGCUUGGCGGAAGAACGACCUGUGCGAGAGCGCCAUGCGGGAAAUCCCACUGCCAGCUGCUCCUCCGGAGAGCGUGGAGAGCUGGAGAGCCGUCGAGAGCAUCUGCAUGCGAAUGCGGGGCCUGGAUGUGCCGGACAACCAGGGUUUGGUGGAGGAGGCGCCCUCCUUCGAUGAGCUGCUCGAUGUGCUCGGCGUCUGGGAGCAGGAGGCCAAGCAGGAAGCCAAGAAUUAGUGGCAGAGCAACUAUUCCUUCCUCAGAGAUCUACAUAUAUGAGAAGCAUGCUGCGUUUAACUUCAGCCUUACGAACUUGCGCUCUAAAUACCAAAGCUUUUUUUUUUAGUAAAAAAUUGUAACUAUUUUUUUUUGAAGCAAGAUACAAUUUAUUAUGAUUAUCUGCUGAGCUAUUCAAUAGUUGUAUUACCUGUGCACUUCUGUGGCCAAAAACCAAUAUUGUUGCAAGAACUUGUGAAGUCUGCCAUGUUAGGCAAAUGUUGUAAACCAUUUCUCGCUCACUCCCCGCAUUUUUGCCCAGCUUGUAACAAUAAAUAGUGGGUGCAGCUGCAGCAACAAUGGC